AGAAAUCGGUUCACAUCACGUCCGCAGUUACGAAUCCAGCCUGUCUGCCCUCUGUCUCGCCUGCAUCGACACGGCAGCACGUAAGUGGCAGCUCCAUCGACAGCCGACUGUGAUGGAACUGUGGCUUACGUGCCGGAAGCUCAUGCACACCAAGACAGAAGACAUGUGGUCACAAUGAAGGACAGGAAGCUGUCAGAACACGGCUGUUUUCCGUCUUGCUCGCAACUUUCUUCUCGUCCGUCCCCUCCACGCCAUCCCACUCAGUGACGCGAUGUGUCAGCGUCACUGAGUUGGAUGACCUGGUUCAGACGUACCGGGGGAAAGCUGCUGAGCGAGGGGAAAGCAACACAGGCCGAUCCGUAGCUCAAUCGUCCAAACAGAAAGCUAUACAUUCAAGUCAGGAUAUCUGUCUGUACAUGAUGAAAGCAAGAUGCCACCAUGCGAUGUCCCCCGCACUGUGUUGCUAUGUCGCUAUGCGCCCCUGCACGGCUCGUCGUUCUUCCCCUCCAGCAGCCUCACCCGCCGCACCAGCUCCGCCACAUGCCGGUCGUGCACCUUGAUGGCCUCCAAGAAGUCGCCAAGACGAUAGAGGUACUCUCGGUUCGGACCAGAGGGGCCCUGAUAUAUACACACAGCACACAGAGAGGGAGAUGGGUCCAUUUGCUCAUUGUGACUUGUGUGUGAACUCACCGUGGAUGAGAAGAUGCGGUGUGCUGCCUGCUGCAGCCCCUCGUCGCUCUCGUCAUCGAAGGCAUCGUAUGCGGGAUUGGUCUCGUUCCCGCAGUAGGCCAGAGCCGUCACUCGCCGGCCGCCCUCCUUCCCGUCAGCGCACCACUCAGUCACAUCCAGCAGCAACCGAGAAUACCUACAAAUACGUCGACAAGCGCAUCUUUGCUCGUGCAGAUUCAUGCGCACAGCUGGCCUCCGCUCACCCUCCCUUUUCCCUGUAGUCGAGUGCAUCCAACACCUCCUCGACGCGCUCGUCGGGUAUUCUGUACGCGACGCCGUGUACGAGGCCUUCGGCCUCAGAGAGGGGGACAGAUGCGGGGUGGGCGUGCUUGACGAGCGUCACCACACGGCCGGGGGAGGCGGGCGUGCCGCGGUGAUCCAUCGACGCCUGGAAGAACUUCCUCUCAUACCCCUGACAUGAGAUGACACACACACACACAGACGAAAUGUUUGCAUGUCCUCUCAUGUGUGUCUUCCGUCUCGUGCUUCCGCGCACCCACCUGGAUGAAGCCCACGAACUGUUCCUCGUACGGCACGUCAGCCUUCCAACAGAGCGAACCAUAGCCGAAGAGCCACAGCGGGCUGGGCACGACAAAGGAGUCGUCUGCCCGUGCCCUGGAGCCAACCCAGACGCCGAGCGUGCUGUCCCAGUGCGGCUCUGAAGGUCCAUCAUGAUCAACCGUCUCACGCAUCGCGCCGGCAGGACACGGAGAUCUGUUCUCAGCGGAUUUCACCUCUUGCAAGCAGCCUGCGCAGGCGCAUCCACAGGGGGAGGC